UCAACCUUGAGGGGGCGACAUAUAUCAAUGCGGUUUGCGCUCCUUGAAAUUUCUAAAGUAGCUUGUUUAUCUAAAUACCGAUUCAACGACAAAGGAUUAUUCAGCAUCAUCUCGUUUUAGCGAACAAAAUGACUACGACUCGGAACUACAACUGGCAUCAAGUCAAGCCUGGAGUAUGGCAACGCCAUAUCGACGAAAUCGAACAAUUCUACUCGACGAUGGUUGUUCUCUACGAAGGAAGUGGUCGCAUGUUCUUUGGAAUGACAGGACAUGUUUCACUCUCCAUCAAGAACACCAGAGGCUUGUCGCAAGAUGACGCUGAGCUUGAAGUUGACAAAGCUUUGAGCAAAGCAUGGCUUGCACUCAGAUACGCUCACCCUACACUUGCAUCUCAAGUUACUCAGGACGUUGAGUCGGGAGAGUGGGUCAAGACUUAUAGAGAGCUGCAGGGAGAAGCAGAUAAGGACGCCUGGCUGGAGAGGACUCUUGUCCGUAUCUCCAACGGACAGACUGGUAAUCAGUGGGCUAACUCAGAUCCGCCUGCUCCAAACCUCCCGACCAUGUUUGAUUUACAUCUUCCUGCUGAGCAAAGCGCUGAUGGUUCGAUGACCAUUCGCCGAGACCUUGUCUUCCGCUCUCCUCACGAUGUCAUCGACGGCAUUGGAACUCUCAUGAUGCUCAACAACUUCAUAUCCCUCGCCUCAGACGCUUACGAGAAGGGCAAUGCCUAUGACCCCCCAGCCCUCGACGGCAGUGAGACUUCAAACCUUAGCCCGUCCUACCGAGUCGCCGCUCAAAUCCCCGAAACCCCCGAUCAGGCUCAACUGGAUAGACUUAAGGAGAUGGCUGCUCAAAAGGCCGCUGCCGCUUCUGAUCCCAACGUGGAGAUUCUUGCGCUUCCUUAUCGAGAGGGCGAUUUACUUCCGGGUCGACACCAGCGCUUGGCACUCACUCUGACCAGAGAGGAAACGCAACAGCUACUGAAGGCGUGCAGGAUGGCUGGAGCUACGCCAACACAUGUCUUCCAUGCUGCAGCUGCUAUGGUCGUGCGAGACCUUCAGAAUAAACCUAUCACGGUCAAGCGAGUUCGGUACAUCAACUACAUCCUACGCAACGAGCGCUCAAGUUGCCAAGAGCCAUACAACACGGCUCGACAUCCUGCAACUGUCUACCAUUCUGUCUCUGGCCAAAGCCUUGUCGUUGACAUGGAUCUCCAUCCAGCUUCCAUCAAACCAGACGCACAAACUCGCAAGAAAGAGUUUCUUUCGAUUCUUGAAAUCGUCAAAGACUUCUAUCUCACAGUCAAACAAGACGAGGAAUUCUACGUCCUCGCCCCGACGAUGUUCUCCCAAGCUACCCCAUCUCUACCCUCUGGCCCUCGUCCCCUGCCUGUGCCGGAGCCAAAUGCUCAUCCGUCCGUAUCGAUCUCAAGUAUGGGGCGUACUGACGCUAUCGUGGCACCGGAGGCGGGGGCGUUCGAAGCGAGAGACCCGUGGGUGACGGGUGAGGAACUGGGAAAUGGGUUGGGUUUGUUUCUCGGUACAUUCCAGGGAGAGCUUUGUUUGAGUGCUGCGUAUAAUGAUGCUUGGCACACAGAGACGGAUGCGAAAGAGUAUCUAGAGCGUUGUAAAGAUGUUGUGUUCUCAGGUCUUGGGAUCACUGAGCCAUGAGGUUAGUUUGGGGACGACGUCGGCAGAAAGGCAGAUCUGAGUUUGAGUGAGGUUAUCAGAACGUUCGAUAAUUUCCAUCUUCCGUACAGGUUUCUCUGGGAUUGCGAACAGGCUUCACUUCGUAUCAUGUCUUGAGUUGUCCAAUAUUCCUUUGAGUUCAGUCAUCAGAACAUUAGCUCAUGUGUAGACAAUGGGUUGUCAACUCAACAACAAUAUCUGUUUCUAGCGACAUGAUUUGCAGCCGAUUUCUUAUCUUGUCGUCGAUUUGAUAAGCGUCGUAUAUCAUGGUCGUUCGCGAUGACAAACGUCGAAGUGAAGUUUCUCCAGAUAUCUUGUAAACCAUAUUCGAUCGAUGUUUCUGAAAAGAUACUGCACGAGGUUGUCCGAUGACUGAACUAGUGAAGCUGACAAGUUACGCUUUGGGGCAGGUCUCUCAAAAAGGACCUUGAUAGUCGCCUGUGCCGCAAUCCAUUAUCAAACAACAACACCUCUACCCCUCGUAUACCGACUUCUCCUGGAACUUCUGUGGCAAUCCCCUCAUCACGCGGUCACUCCAAACAUCUCAUUACAAAAUCAGCAUAGCAGAUAUCGGUUUAUCAAGGCCCAAAACACCGUUUUCAAAACCCGCCACAACCCGCCUGAAGGAUCACCCUCUGGUAACCAACCGAAUAUCGUACCAACCGACCUCUCGCCUCCUGUGCAUAUGUAAUCUAUCCCGAUUGUGGGGGCGAUAUUCACGGGGAAGCGCAGUGUGUGUCCCGAAGUGGAAGCUCCCUAGACCCCCCAGGAACCUUUGACAGGCUGGGGUAAGUCAGGGUGACCCCGGCGAAAACCCGGAUUGGGGCACUUUUCCUAACUCUUGGGUCGGAGCUGAGUGAUAUGCUUGUUUGAUAGUGGCCAAUUGAUAUGGG